UUGUUUUGUUUUGAUCGCACAAAUUAUUUGUGUUGCAAUGGCGGAGGAAUCUCAACCAAAUUUUGGCGAUGAUUUAAAGAAUAAGGAUUCUCAAGACUUCUACGAAUUACUUGGAUGUGAUGAACUUAACACUAAAGAACAGAUAAAUGCGGAAUUCAAGAAGAAAGCUCUGAAAUAUCACCCUGACAAAAACAACGAAGAAAAACAAAUGUUCCAGAGACUUCAACGGGCAAGGGAUGUUCUAUGUGAUGAGUCUAAGAAAAAGUCAUAUGAUUCCUGGCGAAACAGUGGCCUGAAGGAUUUUAUGUCGUUUGACAGUUGGACAAAAGUCAAUGCACAGUCACAUCUACACUGGGCACAACCUCCCAAAAAGAAAAUGYUGASUGAGACCACUGCAACAUCAUCUUCGGUUAGUACAUCAAGUGAUGGCUCUACAUGUGUGUCAAAAGUGUGCAGUACAGGAUGGGGUGGUAGAUCUGCAUUGAAAAGAAAGUUUCAAAAUUAUGAAAUAUAGAAAUAUCAAACAGAUUGCUGAGACAGUGGAGAAAAAGACAAACUGAAUUAUUCAAUCAUUCCAACUUGUCAGUAUUAUUAGGGAUUUGUACGAAGACAAUUCAGAAUUUUUGAAAAUCUCACAACAUAUAAUGGAGUUUGUUUCCAUAUAUCACACAAAUAAUGCAUUAAAAAUUAAUACAAUAUUUUUUUAAAUAUAUAUAGCACACAUGUUACUUGUAAAUAUUUACAAAAAUGUAUUCAAUCAGUAAUAAUGAGAAAUCCAACAAAGCCAGAGCUAAUUUCCAAAAUGUUUUUCUGUUUUCUCUUCAUUUAGUGUAAGCUUUAUAUACAUUUUGUCAUUGUAUCACAGAUAUUUCAUUAUAGAUAUCAGUCAGACUGAUCAGCAUAUCAACCAAACACUUUGAAAUAGAUUGAUAAUAUUGGCUUAUGUUUCAUUUUUGCAGCCGGCUUGUGUCAGUGUUUUGAUAUGUUGACCAAUUAAUCUGAUGUAAGUAAAUGUUUUCUUUUACUACAACAGUACAAUCUUAGAUCUUUUUCUAUUGUGAAUACAUUUAGCAAACAAUUGUGUACAAAACUAAUGAACAGAUUUAUAUAAACUUAAAAUGCCAACAU